AUGUUGAAAUGCACUUCUUCGUUGUUGCAUUCUGCAACAAAAAUAAAAUGGCCUCCAGGUAGACCCAGCAGGAUUAAGGAGGCACUUGAGAGAUCUGGUAGUGAUUAUAGUGCGAGGGAUUCUGGUUUGGUGGCAAAGUAUUAUUUGAGUCAUCGGAAUGAAGAACUUUUCGUCGACGAGAGGCGAUUGUUAUUGAAUUGGCUGCAUGCCUUAAAAGACCAUAAAAAUGUGUUUUUAAUAGGUAAGAAGUUCUUAUUUGAUGCUGGCACCGAAGGCCCCACAUUACACCAGAACGUUGAUUACAAAAAGAGAGUUCAAUGUGGACGACUCCGAGAUGAUGCUACAUUAAGGGAAAUAAGGACGUUCAUGAAUUCAAUGGUUCAUGAAAAGAAAGGUAUUCUAUUGGACGCAUUUAUGGAAGAGAUUAUUGCCCAGCAAUCAAUUAAAAAUAAAAUAAAGGUAAUUAAGAUAAUCAAUUCAGUGUUAGAUAGAAUGGUAACAAUUGGUUUACCCACCUCUGAAGUGGUUAUUAAAUGGGCUAAAUGGAUGACUCUAUUGAACGGUGAUUGUGAAUUUUAUACUUAUAUUGAUAACAAGGUAUUUUUGAAGAAAUUGUUAUAUUUGAUAAAGACAGACGCAAACUUUAAAGAUCCAUCAAGUUCGGUAUGCAUUGACUUAUUACAAUUUAUGAUGGAUAGACAAGGAUCAACCGUUGCUGCUCAAUUGGGGACCACACUAAUGACACUUUUAUCAAGAGAAGCAAAAUAUCAAAUAGCUGAAGGUGUAUGGAAAUUCAAAAUAGUCAAUAAUCUUCCUAUUGUUAAAUCAGAUUUAACGAAUAUAAUGAAAGCAUACUGUUACACUAAUAAUUACGAAAAAGCAAAACUUGUACAUGAAGAACAUGAAGAGGCACAUGAUGAAAACCAACAAUUUGAUUAUUUAUUACUGGCUCAUUCAAAAUUAAGACAUUGGGAUGCAUUACAGAAAGAAUUUGAUGGCUUAUUCGGAAUUGGAGAAUUGCCCAAUAUUAACCAAUAUGGUAUUAUCAUGAACGCAUUGGCUCAAGUAGGAGAAGUAGAAAGUGUAGAAAAAUUAUACUCACAGUUGCUAAGAAGAAAUAUGCUGCCUUCGUUGAAAGUAUUACAAGCUUUAUUGAUUGCAAACUUUGAAUCUGGUAAUUUUUCCGCAUGUUUGACACAAUUCGAAUACUUUAAAAAGUAUGGAAUCAAACCGACUUCAUUAACAUAUAAAACAAUGUUGAAAGUCUAUAGAAAUUUGGCUAAUAUAGAUAAUGCUUUAAAAAUGUUGAAACAGAUGUCGAAAGAGAAUCCCGAAUGUGUGAAUGAAACACACAUUUCCAUUGUAAUCAGUAUGUGUUCUAAAACCACAAAUCCUUUGAUUGCUCAAGAACUUUUUGAUAUUAUGAUAAAUCAUUAUUCUAUCUCUCCAACUGGGAGAUCUGUUAGUUCUUUGAUGAAAGUCUAUCGAAGUUCAUCACUUCUUGGAAAAUCUUUACAAUUAUUCAAGAAAUAUGCCGUGAAAGAGCCAGUUUCAGAAAACAUUAUUCUGAUAUAUAAUGAAGCUCUAAGGGCUUAUACAGACCUAGGUGAUUCCGAAAAUUAUGAUAGGUUGUUUAAAGAAAUAUUGGAUAAAAAUAUUAAGGUUGAGGAGGGAUUUUACAGAAGUGUUUUACAUUUUAUGGCCACUUUAUCCCAGGAUCUUGAAGGGGCAAAGGAAACUCUUAUGAAACUUUGCGUAGAUCCUUCGGUGAAAGCAUUGCCAUCUCAUUUUGAAAUAUUAAUGAAGGCGUAUAUGAAAAGAUCGAACUACAAAGAGGUUAUUAACUUAUAUGCUAAAAUGAAUGAAUACAAAAUCCCAGUUUCGUCGAAAGUUCUCUUUUACUUAAUUAAAGCAAAUUUCGAAAUUCAACUCAAUUCUGAUAGUAAUCUAGAUUCCUCAAUCAAUUUUGUAAAUAACAUAUUAACUAAUACUGCAAACAAAACAUUGAAUAUGACUGUGCCAAAUCUUCACCCAGCUAUCAUUGCAUAUCCUAUGAGAGUUCUUGCCAAGUUUGAUAACCCAUCAAAAUCACUACAAUUACUAGAAAACUAUUCCAACUUAUUCCCUAAUACCAAUAACAGAGCUAGUAUCAAUGAUAGCUUUUCAGUAAUGAGAUCUUUAUUGAUUUUAUGUGCCGAGGUCAAUGAAUGGGAUGAUUUCUCGUUAGUUUUUGAAAAGUAUAUUGAUAAAAUUGAACAUCACAGAAAUUUACCUUCAGCCACUACACCUAAUUUAUAUUUAUCCAAAUUGAUGUUAGGUUUAUUGAAAUAUAAAGUAGAAGAAUGCAAACAGAAAAACUCAAUCGAUCAACUUCCUAAGCUAUUGGAAAGGAUUAAGAAAUUGGGAUUAGAAGUAGACAAUCAUUCGAUUAAUGUCAUUGUCACAGCAUUGUGCAAAGACACUAGAACAAUCAUGCAAAGCAUUAAUAUAGUUAACAAUCAAUUAAUCCACGGUUAUAAUUUAAUCCGUAAAACAAGAUUGUUACAACAUAUUUCGAAAGAAAAUCAUAUAUAUAAAGAGAAAUCGUGGUUAUUACAACAAAAGGAAAACAAUCCAGGCAGUUUUAUUCCAAAAAUAUAUCUGAAGCCUGAUACAUUGAAUGUAUUAAGUGAAUCAUUAGAUAGCUAUCUGAAUGACUCAGAUGAUAUAAUAAAAGCGGUAAGAGAUAUGAUUAAUAAAAAUAAAUAUUUCAUGAAGACCUAUCUAAUGCAUCCUAGAAAUAACAUAGAGAGGUGGGACUCAAUCAAAGAUGAAUUUAAAGAAUAUCUUGAGUAUAUUCAAACUAAUAAAAGAUCUAUUUCGAUAGAUGAACUUAAUAAAUUAAAGGAUCAGAAUUGA